AUGGCCAACUCUGAAGAGGACGACGAUGCUUACCUAUACGGUUCAGACGAUGAAGACCAACCAUCAACCAAAAAACAAAAGACGCAGGCUUCAGAGCUGACAACACUUCUACUGAAUGAUGGUGAUGCCACGAAAGCCACUGGUGUCGCCAAGGAUGAAGACAAAGCAGCCGUUAACGAAGAGGAGAAUGAAGAUGAAGAGGAGAGUGAAGAUGACGACGAGGACGACGAGGAUGAUGACGAUGAUGAUAUUGACAUCAUAAUAGGAGACACAGCCCCUAAACCUUCAGUUCCUGGCAAUGACAUUCUAUCAGAAGUAGCGGCACCCACAUCAUCUGCAGGAACUCCACAAGCAUCGACCUCCACAACGACACAAAUCACAACUAAAUCAUCUACAGGAGUAACCUCAGCUACAUCGAAACUCGACAUCAAUGCCAACCCUGAAUACGAAGGCAAGCCAUUAACGCAAUUGGAUUUGGAGAUAUUCAAGAUCAAGCCAUGGCGAGCACCAGGUGCUGACAUUUCCGAUUAUUUCAAUUUCGGAUUUGAUGAGUUUACAUGGAAUGCCUAUUGUCACAAGCAAGAUAAAUUACGUGGUGAGUUUAAUCCACAAAAGAUUAUGGCUGAAAUAAUGAAGGGACCAGGUGGCCCACUUCCAGGAACUGAAGUUGGCAAAAAUAAAAAUAGUCCAUUACCCGGUGGCAACAACGGAUUGCCGCAACCGCCAAUGGGUAUGUUCCCCCCGGGCAUGCCUCCCCCACCUGGUAUGUUCCCGCCUGGAUUUCAAAUGCCCUCUGGAAUGCAAAUGCCACCAGGUGCGCAAAUGCCUCCUGGAUUUCAAAUGCCACCAAAUUUUCAGAUUCCACCGGGUAUGAAAGUACCCAACAUGUCCAACUUCAACUUCAACAUGUCGGCGUCAUCACCACCUCCACCUCCACCACCGACAAAGUAG